AUGUGGAUUAACCACGUCGUCCGAAUUACCUUGGCAACAGCAGCCACUGCUGUACUCGCAAUCGUCUCUGUUCAGGCAGUGCCAGAUCCAGGGAAAUUCUCAGCUGGGAAUCUUAUUGCCGAGCUUGGAAAUCGAAGUGUAAAAUCACACCGUCUUGAUAAACGAGAUGUGCUUGAGGACUUUGAUCAUUUCUGCCCUGCUCAGAGAGAAACUCAUGCCGCCGAAGUCUUUAGCCAUUUCACCGGAGUUUUCUUUGGAGAUUUUAUCACUGGCGGUGCUCAAGACAUUUUGGGUCCUCUGGCGGUUGGAGGAGCCUUCACUGCACCAAAUUACCUAGUCAACGCUAAUCAUGCGCUCAGCUGCAGCGGGUCAAGCAUUGUCGACAGAUUUGGUUUGGUUAUUGGAGGAGAAGUGGAUACAUACGAUACCAGAAUUCGCGGAAGCGUAUUCUAUCAGUCUGUCAGUGUCUCUGCAGAUUUGAGGCUGCUCUCUGAAGGCGAAGGCUGCUCGCUGUUUACCGAUUCGAGUCCUGUUGAUUUCGAUGUUGUGGAAAGCGUAUCCAUUGUGGCCUCGCUACUCCUCUCAUCCUUAACGCCCAAUGUGCAGCUAAACGCAGACGGCACUGUCAAUGUCCUUGAUUCGUCGAGCACGCGAUACUCGAUCUUCACCUUCAAUACUUGCUCCAGCUGUGAUCUUCAAGGUACUCUAUCCGACCCUUCAGCUAUUUUUUUCAAUCAAGGCAACUGGAACGGCCCUCAAGGUGGCUGGAGCCAAGGCGACGAUGAACUUGUUGUUUUCAACAUUCCUGUUUUAGCUGGCAGUACGGUUGAGAUUAACAGCAACAAUCCAAGCAACGGCUUCAAUGCAUGCAAGACUAUUUACAACAUCUACCCAGUGAACCUGAACGGUGAAUAUAGUGUCACGGGCGAGAUCACCUUUAUUCGAAACACUGCAAGUCAGCUUGAAGGUUUCUCAUUGGCACCUCAAGCGAACGUACUUGAUGGUACAACAGGCGCCUUUGCCGGGAACAUCAUUGGGCUCAGCUAUGGAUGGCGAUACUACCCAACUGGUGUGGAAAUUCAUGAUUAUGCUGCUGCUGGCGACGGCUGCGAUGAGUUCCAAGAUUGUUUACCUGGAAAUGGAGGCAGCGGUCCAGGCAAUGGGGGAGCAACCACAGGCACCACUACUAUGGUCGAAGUCGUCACCACAACAUACACAUCAACUGCAGUGGCUAUGACAACGAUGACUUACGGACCCGAUGUUGGCGUACUUACGCUACCUUCCGAUUAUACCUUCCCUCCAGACUAUCAUACUACAUUUUUUGUGGAUGUCGACACUGACUGCGAAGUACAAACUACUGAAGUAACGGUGACCGAACCGCCAACAACUGUUACAAGCAGAAUAGAGAUAUACGACACAGAAACACUUACCAGCACUGCCACUGAUAUUUCGACGCAAUUGGUUACGAAUACAUUGACGUCAACAGAAGUUACUGAAAUCGUCAUAACCGAACCAGGCACAACCAUCACUGUGUCUGACUCGGUAAUUACUGUACCUCCUGAAACAGUAACAACGGAAAUCACUCUUAUCGAUGUGAUCACUACCACCGAUACGUCCCUAAUCACCAACCUUGCUACGAAUGUCUAUACAACUGUUGAAACCUUACUUACUGAUAUGACCCUUGUCAUUCCUGGAGAAACAUACACAACGGCCGUGGAAACACUGGUUCAAGUUCCAACAACCGAGACUUUUGUCGUUACGUUUAGCGAUGAACCUUCAAUAGGCACAACUGAAUAUGUUACAUCCUUCUCAGAGCCUACAACUAUGAUCCUCACAGUAACCGACAGUAAUAGAGUGACGGAGCAUGUGACACAUGCGACGCAAACGACCAGAACAAUUACCUCCUAUAUGACGCAAACGGACAGACAUACAGAUUCUCCCAUGACAAGCACCACCAGGACAAAGACCAUCACGACCGAUAUCCCUGGCAUCACUGUCACUUCUGAAGGAACUGAGUAUGCUUAUUAUCUUACUUACCCCUAUGACAAGUACCAUGGAAAGGGCAAAAAGAAGAUCGGAAAGUGGAACCACGGUGACAAAUGGGAUAAGGAUAGCGACUGGGAAGGAGACGAUGAUGACUGGGAAGGGGAUGAUGAUGACUGGAAAGAAGACGAUGGUGACUGGGAAAAGAAGGAUGAGAAGACUUGGCACAAGGAGAAAUACGAUUAA